UUAAAUCUCCGUAUGCAGCUGGGAACUAUGGAUAUGUGGAGAGGGGCACAAACGUAUGGGGUUUCUUCUGUGCAUGCGAACAUAUCAUCGUUUGAGUUUUCAACAGAUUAUGUGGAAGGAGGUGUAUUGACGGUGACGUGUCCUAGCGGCAUUUUAUACUCAAAAACAAGUUCAACAAGUGACGCUUCACGUGUGAAUGUGUCGAUAGGGGUGCUGGAAUCAGUAUGGAAGGCGUCUUCCACAAGAAAUUUAUUGCAUAUUGAUGCUAUGCAAUUCCAUGUAUAUGGCGAUGCGACGUACUGCUCCGCUGAAACGCUUCGGUUCUUGGAUGCUCUGACAUUUGCCCCAAUAAAGUGCUUUUACUGCCGCCAGUUAAAUUCAAUUCCAACAACCGCACGACCGUAUCUUGCGUCCUCUUUGCAGGUCUCAGUGUGUCUUGCGGAGGUUUGUAUGCAACGACUCAUUUUUUUGGAAUUGGAUUUGUUGGGAAGUUUGAUAAAAGAUUACGCCACUUUUUUUGUGAACAAGGUUGUGCCUACAGAAGCAUACCGACUGUUUUUUAGUGGUUUUAGCAAUUUGGCCUUCGUCAUGUACGCUUCUUCGUGUGCACUUAAGUUUGGCGGAGAUGAAGCUUUAAUGUGCCGAGUGAAUAUGCCCUCAAUAAAUGGUGGUGCGGGUGCGCCACUUGUGAGUUUUGGUGAACUUCUUCUUGAGCCACGGGAAGCAUCACCAUUGACGUUGAUCAACGUUUGUGAAAAGCUUUUAGCGAAUAUAAGUAUGCCCCAUCUUGAGGUGGAAGUGUUUCACCACCGAUUUAUGUCCGUUGGUCUCUGCGCCACUGUUUCUUCCUUCACAGCCACGCUACCCAUUGCUGUAGAGGACUUUUGGGAUGACACUGUACACGCGGUAAAACGCUCAUCUGCUGAAUGCACUGCUCCUUCGAUUAAAUUGAAUGUGGGCGAUAUGAUCCGGCUGGAGGUUGAGGGGGUGAAAUAUGCCCAGCAAUCUGCUCCCCUUCCCGAGGAAUUAAGUGGAGUAUUUAGUGAUUGCGACAUGGAUAGCGACACAUCAGUUGUAGCCUGUGAGAAGUACACUCACGCAGUGGUGAAGAAUUGGAACGUGCAUCUCAAAGGGGUUUCUGAAGCGGAUGUCGUGAAAGAAUUGUUGGGAUUAUGGAUGGAACUUCGGCACAUGAUGAAUUCAAUUCAAAGGCGGAAUGUGGUGAACUGCACUUUGCUACGAGGUGGGCAUUAUAAUUUGGACCGGACUGGUCCGUGGUUUUUUGACUCUCCAGGCGAAAUGGUUUUGGUGGAAGACUGCACCUUUCUUUCCUGCACCUCAGGAAUACACAUGGUGGUCUGCAGUGGGACCCAUGUGUGCUUUCGCCGAUGCCACUUUUCUUCUUUUUUUCAGCAUGCCAUCACUGUUGAGGACGAAUGUGCCUCGUUUGUGUGCGACAACUGCAUUGGAGAGGAUUUCAGCGGCGAGUCAAAUGCGACCGGCGCUCAGGCGGAGGUGGAGAAGAAAACGGUGCAAAAAAUUUUAUUCUCUUUUCAUCGCGGUGCUUUAUGCUUAACACUGCGCGAUGAGUGCAAACUCACCCUGAAUCUCUCAACGGUGGAUCUGCGUUUUUUUACAUGCUUCAAGAAAACCGUCUCUCAUCUGCGCUUGCAACGAGGACGGCUUGAAUUUAUGGAAAAGGGGGCCCUACACGGCCUGGUUUCUCGUAUGGAUUUAGACUUGGAUUGGACGCUGAGGCACAGGGAUGACUACGCAACACUGAGUUCAUCCUUGCGAGUAGGGAGUGUGAGUAUACCCGUUUUGUUGUUUAGCACAAUGCGUUGCCUGAGAGGAGUGUGGAACGCCGAAGUACCCUUUUCCGAGGCUUCAGUGCGAGAGUACCCAUCGCCUGUGAAAACACGCGGCUUUUCAGUUGCCAGGUGGA